AUGAACUUUGUGAAACCGUACAAAAGUAUUUGCUUUAUUUUUUUGGGAUUACUAUCAGCACUAAAAUGUCAGUCAUUAGAAAGCGAAGACUUGCAUCACAUGUCGGAUCGAGAAAAAGUGGAGGCGUUAGUAAAACAAUGGGCACCGUUAGUAUGGUUGGCACCGAAUGAAAAGUACAUGCCCGGAGAUGUUUCCAAAUUUCUCGAACAUGUACAUGCAGAAGAGGCGAAGGUAGUUACAGUUUAUCCUGGCAGCGAAAUUACGGAACUCGAUGAUCUCAAACAUUACGACGAUGGGAUGACUAACGAGCUGUCAUACUACGAUCCGGUAGAUCAGCGGCAGGGCCGUUUUCGCAAUAAAAGAAACUUCAAGGAUCCUUCUAUAUCCUUGGACUUGCUUUUCAAUUUUCCAAUUGGGAAUGAGUCGAAAAAUUGGUACCUGGUGACCAACAACGACAUCGACGAGCUGAUCACUCAUAAGGAAUCCUUCCUACAUGGACAAAAUCCGCUCAAUGAAAAUGUGCCAAUCUACGCCGUGGUCAGCAUGUGCAAGCAUUCGCUCUCCGAAAUGCCGCACCAGCCGGAUUCUAGCUUACCAUUUACACAACCAGCAACUACAAUUACAUAUCCUUCGACCCAUCUGCUUCAUAGCAAAAACAACAAUCAAGAAAAUGAAGUGGCGUACACAGUACAAGAUCGGCCACAGUACAAGCGAAAUCCGUAUUCUCCAACGCCGAAAAACAUUUUUGAACUGCAACCAAACUUACGUCAAACGAUGAAUAAGGUGGAAAAAAGUAUUCGUCUGAUUCGGAGAAAACGAGACCUGGUGGAGUCAACUACACUACCUGACAAAACGUCUGAAAGCACAGAUAUACCACCGAACCAAGAUGCUGACGACAUCACCGUAGGAAGGAAGGUUAUUAUCGAUUCCGACAACGGAAACGGUAAGCACAAUUCCAACUCCAACUUGGACGAUCCCGUGGAAAGUCUACUGAGAAGCGAGGAAAAUGAAGAAUGGGAAACUAUCACCGAGCGGAGGCAUGAUACUGAACGUUAUCACACGGAACUGUCCCAUGAGUUUCCACACUUUCACGUCACAUACUGGAUGUUCUAUCCCUACAGCCAGGGUAAAAUAAUGUGCACUAUUGAUUUGGGACCAUUCGGUCCAUGGCCGAUACCUUUAAUCUUUGGCAUGUGCCUGGGUACAAAGAAAGAGUUUGGCAGCCACGUAGGAGAUUGGGAGCAUAUGAGCCUCUAUUUUCGUGGAAGAAAGGAACCAGAUGAAAUGUACGUGUCGGCACAUGAUGCAGGGGCAUUUUAUUCGUACGAAAGGUUAACUGGGACGUUCGAAUAUCAUAGUCAGGAAACGAGAAAAGGAAUUCUUCAACAGCCAACCUUUCCCAAAACGGUCGUAACAUCAAGCAAUCAUCCUGUGCUUUUUGCAGCAGAAGGUUCUCAUGGUUUGUGGACUGCGCCAGGGAAACACAAAUUUGUUCGCGUUCCCCGUCUCUAUGACAUUAACGGAUUCGGCUUGCCAUGGUCAACGUGGAGAAACGUUCAGGUCAUCUACGAGAAUGGCGUCCAAGGACGCAGUACACUACAACCAAAAUGGAUGAAAUUCAACGGAAGAUGGGGUAAUCCGAAAACAAAAUGCCAUCCACUGAAACGGAUCGGUUUGCACAUAUGUGAACUGACCGAUGGGCCAACUGGAAUUCCACGCAAAAAACAUCACUUCAAAUGCAAAGCAUGA